GGCAGUCUGUUCGCAUGGAAUGCCGUGGGGAGCGUGGAAAGCCGGGCCAUUGAGAUAUGUAGCGGAGGUGCUCGGUCCGUAUUAACUGUUGAGCUGAAAGCUUUGCGUGAAGACACUUUCCGGAAGCCAUUUCUGUCGUCUGCGUGAACCGUACGCAAUCGGCGAAGGGAAUCCUAUCUGGGACAUCCCAUAAGGAGCCACAGCAUGACUUGGAUCAGCGAGAAGAAGCUGACCUGGUAUGAGAAUCUCUGCCUGAAUGUACUGAAGGCUGGUCAUGUCCCCAAACACAUGGCAUUCAUCAUGGAUGGCAACCGGCGCUUCGCUAAGCGGAACAACCUGGAGAAGACGGAGGGGCAUUCACGGGGGUUCACAAAGUUGUCGGAGACGCUCAAGUGGUGCCGUGACCUCGGGGUCACGGAGGUCACUGUGUACGCGUUCUCGAUCGAGAACUUCCGCCGGCCGCAGGAGGAGAUCGACGGCAUCAUGGGGCUGGCGCGGGACAAGUUCCGCGUGCUGCUCCAGGAACGAGACAAACUGAGCGAGCAUGGUGUGUGUAUCCGGUUUAUCGGUGACCUGAGCCUGCUGCCGGAGGACAUCCAGAGGCUGACCGCCGAGGUCAUGCUCAUGACCAGGCAUAACACGGCGGCCCGCAUCAAUAUCGCCUUCUCCUACACAGCGCGCGAAGAGAUCUCGAGGGCGGUGCGGGACGUGGCCGACGGCGUGGCGACCGGUCUUCUGCUGCCCAGUGACGUCAGUGAGCGGCUGAUCGAGCGGUGCCUCUACACGCGCGACUCGCCUCGCCCCGACGUGCUGGUGCGCACUUCGGGCGAGGUCCGCCUCUCCGACUUCCUCCUCUGGCAGACAACGCACACGUGCAUCUUCUUCACGGAGGUGCUGUGGCCAGACUUCAGCAUCUGGCAUCUAUUCGCCGCCGUCUUCAGCUACCAGCGCAGCUACGACGAGAUCCGGGCGGCCCGGGCCGACCGCGCCUCCUCGCGACUCCAACACACAACCGGCUCACUGUCGCUGUCCGACUCUGACUCCAUCCCGGAGUCGGGCGACUCGGGCCCCGACUCUGCCAGCGACUCGACCGACUCGGGGUGCGUUGACGCGGCGGCCGGCGGGCAGCGUGUGCGCGAGUUCCUGCAGGAGCUGGACAGGCAUGAGACGCUGGGGCUGCUGUGCGGGUCCCGGUGA